CCUUUCCCCUCCAGCUGAGGAAGAGAAGGGUGGGAUCCUCUCUGGGGCAUAUUUAUUAUCCCCCCAAAAAUCAACUCCCCCCCGCAAAUCACCUGCCACGACUCUGUGCUUUGGAAGAUGCUUCUCGUUUUAUUCCUCCUGCAGGGUUUUUCCCAUGAACUGGCUGCAAAUCAUAGUUCCCACUGGACAUAUAGCGGCCGCCACGGCCAGACACACUGGUCAAAUGACUACCCAGACUGCGGGGGGCAGGCCCAGUCCCCCAUUGAUAUCGAGACCAAGUCUGUGCAGCACGACCCGGCCCUGCCGCCUAUUGAGCCCCAGGGAUACCGGAGCCCUGGGAACGGGACCUUCACCCUCCGCAACAACGGGCACACCGUGGUGAUGUCCCUGCCCCCAUCCAUGUUCCUCAGGGGGCUUCCGCAGACCUACGCAGCUGUCCAGCUGCACUUCCACUGGGGCAGCAGGGAGCAGGAGGAAGGAUCGGAGCAUCAGGUGAACGGGGAGGGUUUCCCUGCUGAGCUGCACAUUGUGCAUUACAACUCGGAGAGCUACGCCAACGUCACCGAGGCCAAGCAGCAGGCGGACGGCCUGGCCGUGCUGGGCAUCCUCAUCGAGGUUGGUGACGUGGCCAACCCUGCCUAUGACAACAUCUUCAAUCAGCUGAAGAACAUCCAGUAUGCAGGUCAGAAAGUCUCCAUCCCGCCCUUUGACGUUCAUGAGCUGCUGCCCAGGGACCUGGGCCACUAUUUCCGCUAUAACGGCUCCCUGACCACGCCGCCCUGUUCCCAAAACGUGCUCUGGACCAUCUUCCACCAGCGGGUGCAGAUUUCCAGCUCCCAGCUGGAGAGGCUGCAGCGGGGGCUGUACUCCACCACAGCUGCGAACUCCUUGCCUGUGCCUCUGGUGGACAAUUACCGAGCCCCUCAGCCGCUGAACCAGAGGGUGGUGAUCUCCUCCUUCCCCGAGGGUCCCUCAGCCUACUCUGCAGGCGAAAUCGUUGCCAUCGUUUUUGGGACCCUCUUGGGCUGCCUCAGCAUCUUUCUCACCAUCCACUUUGGGGUGAAGAGAAUACGAAUGAAGAGGAUCCGGGAGCAAAAGGACGUUGUGUUCAAAUCCUCUUCCAGCCGUGCAGUGUCAGGCGACAGCCACCGCCCCUGAACCCCACGACUUGCCCCGACUCCUCUGCCUUGGCCUCCGUGGGGCAGCGACACAGACACCCCAGGGGCUGGCAGGCCUGGAGACGCGCUAGGCAGUCUAGCUGUAGGAGUAAUGCCCAUGCAGCCCCAGGAGGUUCCCUUCGGGGGUUACCUCCCACCCAGCCUGGGGAGGGCACACAGAGCUGCCCCCCCCGCAGGCACUGGGGCCGUUCCAGCCUGGGGCUGGGAGUGGCUCAUAGCCGUUCCCAUCGGCUGCCUGCUGGGUGGCGUCUGUGAGACGAGCCAGUGGGUCUCAGCCCAGCCCCCAUCACAUGAACCCACCAGCAGAGCUGGUACUGCCAGCAGCCCAGGGCUCUGGCAUACUAACCCCCCCCACCCCAGUGCACCUCCGCCUCAAGGCCAAGGCCCACAAGCAGGGAAGUGGGAGCCGGGGAGGGGAAGUGUGCUGUGCUGUUUACCUGGGCUGUACCUGCUCUGUGGUUUAAUUGGGUGUCAACCCUACAUCUCUUGCCUGCAAUGAAACCCCCAGGCAGCCUGGCAAAGCAGCAAGGCGGCGUGGGGGCACGGUGCAUGACACACUGCUGCGCUCCCUGAUGCUGGCGUGUUGCACUGCAGAGCGGGUGUGGUGCAUGGCACACGGACGCUGUCUUCCCUGACACUGCAGCGCGCGAAUCUAACCUCCCCAGGCUGAGGGGACCCUUCCCUCCGGGCACUGUCUCCCGUGAAGGCCUGGUUGCCAUCCUGCAGCGUUGAGGCAGGCUAGACAGCUCCAAGAUGCAAGAGUGAAUGCAGCAGCCCUCGCCCUGCGCCAGUCCCGUCUAUGUCCCUGGGCUGUCGAUGCACCGGGGAGAAGUAGCGUCUCUGGUGCUUUGCAGGCUGCUAGCAAACGCAGCAGUUCGGGGCAGGCAGGGUUGUUCCCCCGAUGCUGGUCUGGACACAGUGGUUCUAACUGGAAAUAAAAUGCCUGGCCAAGUCGCUCCAGCUGUUGCUGUCAGACCUUCCCCCUCUCCAAGAAACUAACCCACAUCCCAGUGUU